UUGGCGAGAGGAAGAGCCGCUAAACAACCUAACCGCCCCAGUCCGCUGGUCACUAGGCAAAGAUCUGCCGAAGCCCGACCAGAUAUGCCUAUGGGCGAAGCCAACGGAGCGCCUUCGCGGGUGAUGGUAACGUGGACGCGGACCGACGAACACCCGCCGUGUAUCGAGUACCUGGAGCUGCUGAUCAUCCAGGCUUGGAAAACGGACGUGGAAGGCGAUCUCCUCGGCUUCCUUUUCGGAUCAUUGUGGUUGGGCCAUCGCCAUCCAAUCACUCAAGAACUCGUCAUCCCGCUAGAGCAGCUGGUCGACGAUCUCUCCCUCGACAUCGUUUCACAGUUCGACGACAGUCCCGCUCCGCACGUCAUCACGUGGACAUUGGCACCAUAUCUUCAGUGGACCGCUUGCUUGGAGGAACCUGGGAGUGAUAGCACUCUGCCAUCAUGGCAAGAGUACUUGAAGCCGUACGGGAUCAUCGAUCACGCCUUCUAUCCGAAGGAGCCCGAGACGCUUGAAGGAGGAGAGGAAGUCACCGAAGAAGAGGGCGACGCCGACGAAGAAACGUCGGAGGAGGGAAGUUAUAGUGAGUAUAGCGAAGGGAACUCGGAGCAGAGUGAAGAAGACGAGGAGGAGGUAGAAGAAGAAGAAGACGAAGAGGAGGAAGCCGAAUCGGAGUGGGAGGAUCUGCCGGAAGAAGCGGCGCGCACAGGCACGGAAGCGGAAGAUCCCGAAGCAGCACGUAGAAGGGAAGAGAUCGCCGCUGGGAAAAACCAGCUGGAGAUCACCAGCGGGGCAAGCUUGUGCAUCAACGACGAUCCGACCAGGGAUCCAGAGCCCCCAAGCCCGAGGAUGGCGGAUCAGCAACCGCGGCUCCGAGCGCAUCACGACGGAGACGGAGCCGAUCCCCCUCCCCCUCCACCCCAACCCAGCACACGGAGAUCUGAUGGACCAUGAUGACGCCACCUGGACCAUGUCCGAAGUUCGAAGGACAGGGGGUUGCAUAUGACAGGGCUGCAGAGAGCAGGAUCCAAAACCGCACGAG